ACCUAUAUAUAACAUUUGUUGGCGGGCAAAUUACAACCUUUACACACGUUCUCUAAGUAUCAUACUGCCUUGUUAAAUAAUUAUUAUUUUUCUUAUUUAAAUAGGAAACAUGUUAUUUAGAAUUAAUUAGCUAUUUAUAGUUUACAUAAUUAAUUAUCAUACAAAAUGACAAGUUUACAAAAUACAGGAAAAUUUCGACCGUUUAAGGGAAAUACAAGGAAUGAUCAAAAUCAAGAAAGAAAUGCGUCAGGUGAAACUUCAGGAGGUAACAGGUUAAACGAAGUCAAUGAAAAUAUAAGAAUAGAUGGUUUAUAUGGAUUUUACAAUGUAACUGAUACAAAGGAAAGAACAGGAUUUCUUAUAAAUAUGCAUGCAACAGAAAUUAUGGAAGAUGAUAAGAGAUUACAAAGUGGUGUAGACUAUUAUUUUUUAGAAGAAGAUUGUAGUAGAUUUAAAAUCUCGUAUCCUUAUAACCCAUAUUUGUAUAUUUUGUGCAAAAAGGAUACAUAUGAAGAAGUUACCACUGGUUUAAAUAAAAAAUAUCCUGAUUUCAUACUUAAAAUAGAGACUGUACACAAAGAAGAUCUUGAUUUGCCAAAUCAUCUAAUUGGUUUAAAACGGAAAUACUUAAAAAUUACUUUUAUUAAUACUGUGGAUUUGAAUAAAGUCAGACGUGACAUUAUGAAGGCAGUAAGGAUAAAUAAAGAACGUGAAAAAACUAAUACUUAUUAUUCAGACAUGUUGUCAAAUGUACUACAUACUGAUCAAGAUGCAGGAGACAUUAAAAAGCAAACUAUAGAUUUUCUGGAUAAUAUUCUUGACAUCAAAGAAUAUGAUGUACCACAUCAUGUACGUGUCUCUAUAGACAUGAAAAUUUGUUGUGGUAAUUGGUAUUCUGUGAAAACAAGAGGAAAUGAUGUACCAGUUAUUACAAAGAGAGAUGAUCUUAUUGAGCCACCUGAUCCAAUUGUGUUAGCAUAUGAUAUUGAAACGACAAAACUUCCUUUAAAAUUUCCAGAUGCUGAUACUGAUCAAAUUAUGAUGAUCUCAUAUAUGAUUGAUGGACAAGGAUAUUUGAUAACAAAUAGGGAAAUAAUUUCGUGUGAUAUAGAAGAUUUCGAGUACACUCCAAAACCGGAGUUUGAGGGAUUUUUUACAGUUUUUAAUGAACCUAAUGAAAAAGCAACGAUAAAAAAAUUUUUCGAUCACAUAAACGAUAUUCGACCGCAUAUAUUCGUAACAUACAACGGUGAUUUUUUCGAUUGGCCAUUUGUAGAAACCAGAGCAGCUUUUCAUAACAUGGAUAUGAAAAACAGGAUUGGUUUUUCCAAAAAUCGUGAUGGAGUUUAUAGUUGUAGACCAGCCAUGCAUAUGGACUGUUUGAGUUGGGUAAGACGCGACUCUUAUCUUCCUGUGGGUUCUCAGAAUCUAAAAGCUGUAGCAAAAGCAAAGCUGAGAUAUAAUCCAGUGGAAUUGGAUCCUGAAGAUAUGUGCAGAUUGGCAUCUGAGGAGCCAGAAACUCUUGCAAACUAUUCAGUUUCAGAUGCAGUUGCUACAUAUUAUCUUUAUUACAAAUACGUCCAUCCUUUCAUAUUUGCUCUGUGUACCAUUAUCCCUAUGGAACCAGAUGAAGUACUUAGAAAGGGAUCUGGAACAUUAUGUGAAUCUCUUUUAAUGGUGCAAGCUUACCAAGCUAAUAUUAUAUUUCCUAACAAACAAGAGCAAGAAUUAAACAAGUUAACAAAACAUGGUCACUUAUUGGAUCAAGAAACAUAUGUUGGAGGACACGUUGAAGCCUUAGAAUCAGGUGUUUUCAGAGCUGAUAUUCCUUGUCGUUUCAAAAUAGUACCGAGCACAGUAGAUGAAUUAAUAAGUGGUGUUGAAUCUGCAUUAAAGCAUGCUAUACAGGAGGAGGAAAAAGUAUCCAUGGAUAUGGUUACAAAUUUUGAGGAGAUAGUUGAAGAAAUUACAGUGAAGUUGAAAGCUCUAAGAGAUCAACCACUGAGAUUAGAAAACCCAGUAAUUUAUCACUUAGAUGUCGGUGCUAUGUAUCCAAAUAUUAUUUUAACCAAUCGUCUACAACCAUCUGCGAUGGUCAAUGAAACUAUAUGCGCUGCAUGCGAUUACAAUAAACCAGGAGCACUUUGUCAGAGAAACAUGCAGUGGAUGUGGAGAGGAGAAUAUUUUACUGCAACUUUAAGUGAAUAUCAACGAAUGCAGCAACAGCUUGAAAAUGAAAAAUUUCCUCCGCAAUUCCCGGGCGGUCCUCGCAGAGCAUAUCAUGAAUUAUCUAAAGAGGAACAAGCAUCGUAUGAGAAGAAGCGACUCACAGAAUAUUGCAAGAAAGCUUACAAGAAAGUUAAAGUCACUAGCAUGGAAGAAAGAACGCAAACGGUAUGCCAAAAAGAAAAUUCAUUUUAUGUUGAUACUGUACGAGCAUUUAGAGAUAGAAGAUAUGAAUACAAAGCUCUUACUAAAAUUGCGAAACAAGAAGUAGCGGUAGCCAUAGCAAAAGGAGAUGCUGCUGAUAUCAAGUCUGCUAAAAGUCGAGAAGUACUAUAUGAUUCGUUACAACUUGCUCACAAAUGUAUUUUAAAUUCCUUCUAUGGAUAUGUCAUGAGAAAGGGAUCUCGAUGGUUUAGUAUGGAGAUGGGUGGCAUAGUGUGUUAUACAGGGGCACAUAUUAUUAUGAGAGCUAGAGAAAUUAUAGAGAAAGUUGGUCGUCCUUUAGAGUUAGAUACAGACGGAAUCUGGUGUGUUUUACCAGCAUCUUUUCCUGAUAAUGUAGUCGUUUAUACCACCCACCCAAAGAAAAAAAAAUUAGUAGUGUCAUAUCCAAAUGCUGUUCUUAAUUUUAUGGUGAAGGAUCAAUUUACUAAUGACGUAUACCACGAACUUGUUGAUCCUGAGAAUUUAACAUACAAAGUUAAGAGUGAAAAUUCUAUAUUUUUUGAAGUGGAUGGCCCCUAUUUAGCUAUGGUAUUGCCUGCAGCGAAAGAAGAAGGAAAAAAAUUAAAGAAACGAUAUGCAGUUUUUAAUUUCGACGGUUCUUUGGCUGAAUUAAAAGGUUUUGAAGUAAAACGAAGAGGUGAACUCCAGUUAAUAAAAGUUUUCCAGACAUCUGUAUUCGAGUCUUUUUUAAAAGGUAGCACAUUAGAAGAGUGCUAUGCGUCAGUAGCUAAAGAUGCAGACUAUUGGCUUGAUAUUCUUUAUAGCAAGUGUGCAGAUAUGCCAGACUCGGAGUUGUUUGAACUUAUAUCCGAAAACAAAUCAAUGUCACGUAAAUUGGAGGAAUAUGAAGGCCAAAAAUCUACAUCCAUUUCUACUGCUAAAAGAUUAGCUGAAUUUUUAGGUGAUCAAAUGGUUAAAGAUGCCGGUUUAGCAUGCAAAUACAUUAUUGCUAAUAAACCUCAAGGUGCACCAGUUACAGAACGAGCAAUACCAUUAGCUAUAUUUCAAUCGGAACCAGCAAUUAGAAAGCAUUAUUUACGAAAAUGGUUAAAGGAUCCUAGUUUACAAAAUGACGACAUACGACAUAUUUUAGAUUGGAAUUAUUAUAUUGAAAGACUUGGGAAUGCUAUUCAAAAAAUUAUUACAAUUCCGGCAGCAAUGCAAGGGUUGCCUAAUCCAGUUCCUAGAGUAAAACAUCCGGAUUGGUUGCAUAAAAGAGUAAUGGAAAAAAGUGCAACGCAUAAGCAAAAAAAGAUUACUGAUUUAUUUACUGUACUACCUAAAGACAGAAACGAAGAUAAUAGUGCCCAAGAUAUAGAAUCGUGUGAUAUUGAAGAUAUGGCAGGGAAAGCUUCAACAUCUAAGCAAUCGUUACCAAUUGUCAAUAAAAGGAAACGACAAUCUUUAGAAGGAAAUGAAGUAGAAAAUGCAAAUAAAAGUUGGAAAGAUGUUUUAGGUUCACCACCACCAAUGGGAACAACAAAGGAGGAAAGAUUAAAAUGGUUGGAAUUUCACAAACAAAAAUGGGCUUUCCAAGCUAAGCAAAGGGCUGAAUAUCAAAAGAGUAAAAAGAGGAAACAUUCUAAUAAUGAUGGAGAUCAAGUUAAUUGGGGUAUUACAAGAAAUACCAAUACAUCCACAUUGGGUGGCUUUUUGAGACGAACUCAAAAAAAAUUACUUGUAACUCCAUGGCAGAUUAUUCAAAUAUCACCGACAAACAAGCCUGGUCUAUAUCGAUUGUGGGUAUUAGUCGAUAAAGAUCUUCAUCAGUUGCGUCUUGUGGUACCUCGUAUAUUUUAUGUGAAUACUCGUAAGCCUAAACCUGAUCCAGAACCAGGUAAAAAAGUAUCCUGGAAGAAAAGCAUGAAAGUUCUUCCGCGAUCUCGGCCUAUAUAUAAUUUAUAUCAAUAUACUGUACCGGAAAUACAAUUUCAGCUAUACAGUCAAGAGCUUUUAGAAGAUAUGAGUAAACCAGAAAUUGAAGGAAUUUAUGAAACUCAAAUGUCACUAGAGUUUAGAGCUAUUCUUCAGUUAGGCUGCGUUUGUACAGUUGAUCCCAAAGCAGCACGUAAUAUGGCAGAUGGUGCAGACACAUUUACCUUAGAUCAAUUAGAAUUCAAGAGUAUUGCUACGCAACCAUAUCUUGAAAAUCUUCAUGAAAUUAAUUAUAUUUUCCUGUACCAUCAUUGGAGUUCAAGUCAUCAAAGAGCUUUAUGGGGCCUAUUUUUGAAUGCAAGUAAAAGAGCACAUAUAUUCGUUUUGGAUUCUGUGUCGUCAAAUCAAAUGCCUAACAUGAAUACAUUGUACACUCAAGAACGGGAUACAGCAAUAUCUGUGAAUGGAGAAGAUAAAAUAAAAUUUUUACCUACAUCGAUGCAAUUCAUUGUAAGAUUUGAAACAAAUUUUCAACAAGUUUGUCGUAUCUUACAAGCAGCUAUAACUACAUAUAAAAAUGAAGGACAUGGAACAACAGUAUUUAUUAUUCAAACAGCUUUAGAUAAAACGACAUUAGUAACUCAGAUGCCAUUACUCAAUGACUUUCCUUUAAUUAACACUUAUGUACAAGAUAUCGAAAAUUUAUAUAAUACAUUGGAAUGGCAGAAAGUUGGAGCAAAAAUGAUGUUACGUCAUUACUUUAAGAGCCAACAAAUUUUUGAAUUAAUGUCAGAACAAUGUAGAUUCUUUUACGCACCAAUCGGAAAUAUUCCUGCAGAUCCUAUUAUUUUUGGCGCAGACUUAUUUUUUGCAAGGCAUUUACAGAAGAAUAACUUUGUAUUAUGGUGUUCCCCAACAGAGAAGCCAGAUUUAGGCGGUAGUGAGAAUGAUGAUAACAGAUUAUUGACAGAUUUUGAAGAAAGUACACAUUGUGCUGCUAAUAAUGCUGGGACUUAUUCUAGUGUUUGCAUUGAAUUAGAGGUAGAAAAUUUAGCAGUAAAUACUUUAUUACAGCAUCAUCAUAUCCAUGAUAUUGAUGGAACAAGUAAUUUUGUUGCCUUUCACAUUCAACAACAAACAUCUAUUCAAGAUAUGGCAACAGGAGAUGGUAUGACUAGUACAAUUCCUAAUUAUGACGAAACUAUUCUUUGCAAUCUCGCUUUUAGAUCAUUGCGAAGUAUGGUAAAUGCAUGGCUGUUAGAUGUAUCAGUUUAUAAAAAUGUAUUCGCAGAUUAUCAAAUCAUUCAUUUUUACAGAUGGUUGCGUUCACCUAAUUCUUUACUUUAUGAUCCUGCAUUAAGAAGAACAUUGCAUACUUAUAUGAAAAAAUUAUUCGCACAAUUAUUGGCAGAGUUUAAAACUUUGGGAUCCAUAAUUAUUUUUGCGAAUUUUAAUAAAAUCAUUGUUUGUACUAAGAAAAGAACAGUGAGUGAUGCAUUAGGCUAUAUGGAAUUCGUCGUUCAAACAAUACGUAAUAAAGAAAUUUUCCACAGUAUUGAAAUAACUUUUGAACAAUGUUGGGAGUAUUUAAUAUGGCUUGAUGUUCAUAAUUUUGGUGGUGUGAAAGGAGAAUUACCAAAAGAUAUGCAAGAGAAUACUGAAAGUACAAAUGAUGGAAAUGCUGAAGAGCAGGAUGACGAUGAACCUGAAAUAAUAAUGAACUGGAAUUUAAUGGAGUGUCUUCCCAAAGAAGCUGCAUGUCGAUCAAGUUUUACUGCUAUAAUAGCAGGAUAUAUCCAUGCGAUUUAUCAAUUUAUGUUAGAACAUGAAUUAAAUACGACUGUAAGACCCAAGAAAAGAUCAAGCAAUUUAAGUCAAUUAUCAGGUCAACUUGGAUUAGGAUCACUUGAGAAUACUGCAGAUUUUGCUAAAAAACUUAUAAAAGGAGAUAUGUCUCAAAAACUAUUUCAGAUUGUACAAAAAAUACAUAAAAAACUUCCAGAAAAAAUAUUAACAAUUGAAGAAUAUCCAAAUUUAGAUUUAGAUGAUAAAGACAGCAAGAGAAUUAAUCCAGCAUUGGAGUUAAUUAAAUCAGUUUGUAAGAUUUUAUCUCUGGACGUAGAAGUUGAAAACGAAGUAUAUAAUUUACAAACAAAUAUGUUAAAACUAAUUAGAGUUGGUAGUUUCAGUGAUUUAGUUGAAUGGAAAGAUCCAUGUAUUUCUUUGAUUUUACCUGAAAUUAUUUGUAAAGUCUGUAACCACACAAGGGAUAUUGAUCUUUGCAAAGAUAAUUUUUGUGUCAUGGAACAGGAUAGAUAUAUAUGGAAAUGUCCUCUUUGUAAAAUGGACUAUGACAAUGAAGAAAUCGAAUUCCUUUUGAUGGACAUAGUAGAUCGUAAAAGUAUGGCUUACAUAUUGCAAGAUUUACAAUGUCGUAAAUGUAAAGAAAUUAAGAGGGAAAAUAUAAAUGAACUUUGCUCUUGUUCUGGUAACUUUAAAACUUUGAUUUGUAAAAGUGAAAUAGAAAAAUUUAUGAAAAUCUGUAAAUCUGUAGCCAUAAAAUCUAAUAUGAAAACGUUAUUGGAAAUAAUUCGAAAUACAAAACUUAUUGUAGACUCAAAGUAAUUUUAUAAAUAUAUUUAGAAGCCAUAAAUUGGAAAUGAAAUUUAUAGAUUUCUAUUGUAAUUACUUGUA